AUGCUUCGAGCCUCCGAUGAGCUCAGCGAUCCUGAUCGCAGUCUGGAAGAGUCAACAGGACAAACAGAUCACGCCAUGCCGGGAAACAUAGACUUAGAUCUCAUCACCGAAGAGUCCAACGAUCUACGAAUACAUACUCCUCCUCCCCGCAUCGCAGCGCGAUUCUAUCGUCCUACCAAUAACCGUCGCAAGUCCUCUGCUGCCUCUUCCCGCCGGAAUUCCAUUUCCUCGGCCCAUUCACACCAAUCCCACGUUUCGAAUCGGCAUGGGGGAGGCCCUCAAAGUAAUUAUAUUGCCCAGCACUUGCGUCGCGCAUCCAUUCUCGAGGAUAGAAAGGCUAGAUUGGCAGAUAGAGCGGCGCAUGCGGAAAAGGUUCGUUUGAGGGCAGCAUUGGUAAAGGCCACGCCAAGAAGUACGACGAAUAGCGAAGAGAGGGCUUUGGCAGCACAACAAGCAAGAGAGAAAAAUUUGGCUGAAAUAGUGGCCAGUUGUGCCGAGGAAGUCAAGAGAGCAAAAGGAAUUGCCGAGAGCAUGAAGGAGAAGAGAGAGGCUGAAGGAAAGAAAUUAAGAAAGGAAAUGGAAGAGAAACAUGCUGAGGCUGAGAGAAGAAGAGAGGAAAUUUUGAAUAAAGCCAAUACGAAGAGAGGCCGAUCCUUGAGCCAUCCUAGAAAGAGCACAUCCCCUGUGCCAAAAAUCCGCGAACCUCUUAGUGAAACCACAGCCGCUACAAGAAUACAGCAAAGAUGGAGAGUUCACCAGCGUUGGAAGGCGCUCAAGGACUUCUCCGAGUUGGGAUUGACGAUCGAUGGAGUUCGAGAAACAUCAUUUGAUGAGGUGGUUGAUUUGCUAGCCCAGGAAAAGGUCCUAGUGAGCACUGCGAGUAUUUUGAGGAUAUGUGGACUGAAGGAAGGCGAAACUGGCUCCGUCAAUGAGAUGACUGCUGUCCGAACAUUCCUGAGCGCUUUUCUUAUUCUGAGCCAUCCUACCCAGGUACUCAGUAGUAAGGGCGACAGUAGAGAACAGGAGCAGGUGGGAGUAUUGCCUUUGAGGAGAGACGAUUUAGCUAAUCCACAGUUGCAGGAUCUGGUAGCGAAGGCGCGAGAUUUACUUAUUUCUUUCGAGACCGUUCUAUCGAGACUAACAUCAGCGAAUAACUAUACACCACCGCCUCGGCAGUUUUCCAGCCUUUCUGAGGCUUAUGCUACUUUCUUUAAUGCCUUUAUUGCAUGGAAAGCUCGAGAUUCGAGUACCCUUAUCGAUAUGAUGGUUCUACAGUUUGUUGAAUUGGACUCGAUAUGGCAAUCUGUCAAGGACAGUACAGUAGACGCUGUAACCGACUCAUACCGUGACGGUAUUCGAGAAAAUCAACUGAAAUUGAUGGUCCGAAUCAAGAAACUAGCUGGCGCUGCUCAAGGAAAGAAAUUGAUUGCCAAUGCUAUCAGAGAGGCGAGACGAGCUCGUACCGCCAAACAACCUGUUGGAGAUUCUCGACCUAGAGCGGCGGAAUCGACCACAUCUGAAGUCCCUGUCUUAAUUGAUCUUUCAGUCUCGGAGAAGUCGGUGACAACUCAACUACAAACUCUGACACCACCAUCAACCCCGCAAAGAAACCAGACUCAACAUAGUGAUGCUGAAAAGCUUAGAAGUGCCAGCACAAUGCUUCCAGAUAAUAGAGUUAUUGCUCACGAGAUCGCAAUCAAUCGGGAAUAUCGGAUUCCCGAGGACUUUCUGGAGAAGAGAGAAGCUAUCAUGGAAGCCGUUUUCGCUUCCAUGCAACGAGACCUUGACCAAGGAAUCAGCGACCCAUGGGUUCUUGCUAUGGCCGAGAAUAUCAAAGGCAAGCUUCAGCGACUUUUGAAGCCUGGUAAUUCAAUGUACAUUCUCAUUAGUGAAGCUCUUGAUAAUGAUGUCGUCGCUCGAGAGUUACAGAAUGGCUCGUUCUCCUAUGAGAAGUUCUUCUCUUUCAUGGCAUCAAUCAUUCCUCGCUUAUGCGCUCCUUACAGAGACGCUGAGAUCAAGGAUUUAGUCGAGAAUGAAAUGCAAAAGGGCAACGUGGUUGAUCGUCUCAGGGCUUUGAUGCACGCCUCCGAUCUGAUGCAGAUUGACUAUGCGAAUUUUAUGCUUCAACAAACGGCGCCAGAACUCAUAAAGCAUGCUUCUGCGUACGAGACCACGCGGUUCGCCGAGACCAUGAGGGCAAGAAACAACAACCUCGGAGCCACAGAAAUGGCGUGGCGAGAAGCGAGAAACAAAGUAAUGGCCGAGGCCCUCAAACGUGACCCACUUCAACUACCACGAAACCGUCCCGGUCCAGAGAAAGUGUACGCUCAAAUGCUUACAGAUAUCUUCACUUCUCUUGACUCUUCAAUCCCCAUUCCAGAAACUCUCGAGUUUGAUUCCGAUCGUAUCACAAGGAUUCGAGUUGACAUUCUCCGUAUUGUUACUACUGGUGCUAUUUUGCUGCAGUGCAAGAAUUUACUGAAACGAGAUGUCAGGAGUCAAUGGAAAACAGAGGCAACGCGAAUUUACUCUGUCCUUGAAAAUGCUAAGGAUAAGGACAGCGCAAUGAAUGGUAUCCAGGCCGCACUUGAGAGCUCGAGGAGUAUGCCUACUGCGACGAAGAGUCAUAUCCGUCAACUCGUUACCCGAAUCAUUACUUGUUCCGCUGGUAUCAUCAUUUUGAAGCCUUCCACUUCUGACACUUCACCAUCCACAAACUCAGAUCUCAAAGACCCUGUUAUGAGACUUCUUCUCACUCGCCUCCGUGGCCAUGUCCUACAAAGACUGGCUGCGAAUACAGAAAAGGAGAAGGUCAAGAGUGCUAGUACAGCUAGUGAGAGUCUUGCAACCCUUGGUCUUCCUGAAUUUGUGUCCAAGGUAGGGGCUAUUGUCGAUGAGGUUGGGCGGGUGGGUGCUCUUGAUCGGGAAUCCCAUGGGUUGUGGUAUGAAGAGGUUUCUAAGAAGGCUGAGGAGGAAGGUUCUGCUUAA